AUGGCCAUCAUGACUUACACCCUCGCCUUCGGCCUCGCGCCCCUGGUGUCGCAGACCGUGGCGCGGCUCGGCCCCCGUACCAUGAAGAGCGAGAGGCUCGUCGGGGCGCUGCUCUGGGCGGCGCUCUUGGUCCUGAACGUGCUGGGGACCGACACCGGCCUUGCCGUGCACGGGAAUUGCAGCGCCAAUUGUGCCGUGCCUCAUCAUCAUCGCCCUCGCCCUCAUCACCACCGCAACCGUCGUCAGCAUCAUCGCCAUGAUCGCCGUCGGCGGCGGGGAGGCGGGAAGCGCCUCAGCGCAGCGGCGGGCAGGGCAGCGGCAACCGCGUCGCGCUUGGGGGGGCGCUGCGAUGCGCCAUGA